AUGCAGGCGUCUUCUCACAGACAGAUCCGUGGCGAGACCGAGAGCUGCGCCACCGGUGCGACGAAUAAGCGCGCCCAGGAUGUGCUCAUCGGCGGUCGCUUCCGCAUUCAGGAGCGCCUGGGGGGUGGCGCCUUUGGUGAGGUGUUCAAAGGCAUCGAGGUGAACAGCGGCCACCCUGUCGCCAUGAAGAUGGAGCUGACGAAGUAUGACUGCCGCUCGCACCUCAACUUGGAGAGUCGAAUCUACAAAAAGUUCAACGAGUGCCCGGUGACUAUCGGCAUCCCGAAGUCUUACUACUGCGGUCGCGUGGGAGAUUACACCGUCAUGGUGAUGGACCUUCUUGGUCCGUGCCUGGAGGACCUCUUUGACGUGUGCCACCACAAGUUCAACAUCAAGACGGUCUGCAUGAUCGGCAUCCAGAUCAUUCAGCGGCUUCAGUAUCUCCACAGCGUCGGCUACCUGCACCGCGACAUCAAGCCAGAGAACUUUGUUAUGGGACUAGGGGCCAACUCCCACGUCGUGUAUGUGAUCGACGUUGGCCUGUCCAAGGCAUGGCGCGACUCCAAGGGGAAGCAUAUUCCGUACGCGGAGGGCCGGUCGCUGACUGGCACGGCACGCUACGUUAGCAUCAACACCCACCAGGGCAUCCAGCAGUCUCGGCGUGAUGACCUGGAGUCGGUUUCCUACAUGCUUGCCUACUUCGUGCGUGGCAGCCUACCCUGGCAGGGGCUCAAGUCGCCUAAGAGGGAUGUACACUUUGAGCGCAUUCGCGACAUUAAGAUUGCCACGCCGCCGGCGGAACUGUGCAAGGGCUGUCCCCAUCAGCUGACCGACUACCUUGCGUACACCCGCUCCUUAGAGUUUGAGGAAGAGCCAAACUACCGCCACUGUGUGGAGCUGCUUUCUGCCGCAAUUAGAGACAUGGGGGAAGAGUACGACUACUGCUACCAGUGGAUCAACGGAAGCGAGGGCGAGUCCACGUCCGACGCACGUGGGUCCGUUCAAAGCCCGCGCGUCUCUGGGGCACACUCCGGUGUUGCUGUUCGCGGCUCCAACUUCAUGACCUCCUCCAUCUUUAUGGGGGACAGCGCGGCAAACGAGAUGAGCAAAUCGCAGCCGAAUAGCAACUUUACCGAGGACAUGCAAGACAUCUAUGGCCUUAACGACUACCUCUGA